CAAAAAUAAAAGCAAAAGAUAUUUCAAAUCAAUAUAAUUAUUUAGAAAUUGAAAUGCAGUUAUGUUAUCCUCAUUAUCUAAGCAUCAUUGAACCUGAUCAGUAUGAUAAAAAUAAGUCAUCUGCUAACAGCAUAUAUAUCACUGAAUCUUCUAAUUAUAAGGACAAUGAUACUUUACUGACUCACAAUAUAAUAAUUCUUAAACUAUUAUCUUUUGGUGAUAAGAUUACUCUGAUAACAAAAGUGUUAUAUGAAAAGCAAAGAAAAGAAAAUCAAACCCUUGAAUUAAACUUAGAUAUUUUUUGA